AUGGACGGUCCCCCCGCGCCCGCCGCCGCCUCUCCCGAGGAUCCGGCCGGGCCGGCGGCGGGCACGGGGGGGCUCCUGGCGCUGCCUCCGGAGCUGCUGCUGCGAAUCUGCGCCUUCCUGCGGGCCCGGGACGUGCGCUGGGUGCUGCCCCGCGUGUGCCGCGCCCUGCGGGACCUGGCCCGGGACGCCGCGCUCUGGCGGAUCCGCCUGCAGCGCCGCGCCCGCCGCCCCCUCCCGGUGCUGCCAGAGGAAGGGUUUGACUGGGCGGCCGCCUGCGAGGAUCUGGAGGAGCACCUGGAGCGCUGGGGGGCCGGGGGGGCCCCCAUGGAGCACUUCUCCCUGGACGAGGGGCACUUCGCCUCGGUGGACUCGGUGCUCCUGCUGCAGGGGGGGUCCCUGUGCGUCUCGGGGGGCCGCGACCGCAAUGUGAACCUUUGGGACCUGCGGGAGCUGGGCCGGGGCCCCCCCGGGAAGGUUCUGGUGAAGGCGCUGGGCUCGGGGCGCAGCGGGACCCACAAGGGCUGGGUUUGGUGCUUGGCCGCCCGCGACGCCCGCGUCUGCUCCGGCUCCUGGGACAGCACCGUGAAGCUCUGGGACCUGGCGGCCGAGGGGCAGCAGUUCGGGGAGAUCCGGGAGAAGGCGGCCGUGCUGUGCCUCUCGUACCGCCCCGACGUGCUCGUCACCGGCACCUACGACAAGACGGUGACCGUGUACGACCCGCGAGCCGGGCAGGCCCAGGUGAGCAGCUACAAGCCCCACGCCAGCGCGGUGCUGUCGCUGGCGGCUGACGAGCGGCUGAUCGUGUCGGGCAGCGAGGACCGGACCCUCGUGGUGUUCGACCGCCGCGCCGGCGCCGUCCUGCAGCGGCUGCAGCUGGACAAUUACCUGCUCUCCAUGUCCUACCGGGGCUCGCAGCUCUGGGCUGGCGACAACCAGGGCCGCGUGUACCUCUUCGGCAGCGGCGGCGGCGGCUUCCAGCCCGCUCGGUAUUUCGACGUGGGGCACCGGCUGCAGAUCACGGGGCUCUGGCACUCGCUGGGCUCCCUCUACACCACGUCCACGGACAGGACGCUGCGGAUCCACAUCCCCACAGAUCCCCCCCGCACCAUCUGCUCCUGGACGCACGACGACGUCCUCAACGGGAUCAGCGUGGAUGGGGACGUGGUGGCCGCGGCCUCGGGGGGACUCUCGGUCGAGGUGUGGAGGCUCCGGACCUGACGACGGCGGGGGAGCUCCGGCCGCACCCCGCGGGGUCCGGGCCCGGUUCCGGGACGUGGGUGGGGCUGGGAGCCGCCGCCUGAUCGCGGGUAUUAAAGGAUUGGACUGGAGCGGAGCUCGUGUUCCCCCGCCGCGGCUUCGGGGU